AUGGAUCCCUUCGAAGUCCGCAUGCAGUUCCUCACGCUGCUCCGCCGGCUCGACGCCUCCCAGACGUCCAUCAAGAAGAUAGUGGGCUACGCCUUGAAAUACUUCCCCUCAUGCGGAGAAGAUCUCUGGGACUGCAUUAUGGAGGAAUGCCAGAAGGGCUCUCUCAACGUGCGAAUUAACAUCCUCUACCUCCUCGAUACCCUCUGCGAGACAUGCCUCCUCGCGCUUUCCCGACCCCCACUCCCACCCGUCCCCGGCCAGCUGCCGGCCAGCACCAGCACGAGCUCAACACACACCCCUUCCUACGUCGACUACGUCGCGCGCGACCUCCGCACCCUCGCGGACUACGUCGUCCCUCCAGGCGCACAAGGCACGCCCAACUACCUCUCCGCGGUUAAAGUGCUCGAGUCCUGGCGCACAAAACGCGUCGUGCCCGCCCCCGCCCUCGACGCCGUCCUCGCGACAUUCGAGGAACGCCGCGCCGACGCGCUUGCGGCGGCGGCGGCGGCGGCCUCUGCCGCGUCGGUGGACGGGACCCCGAUCCCCAACGCACCGGGCUCGGCGCUCGCGCUCGACCCGCACGAGAUCAAGCGGAGGAUGGAGGAGGACCGGGAGCGGCAUAAGCGGCUGCGGGAACGGAGGUGGGUGCAGGUGGUCGGGGCCCCCACCGCGGCUUCAGCGCCGCUCGCGAGCUUCCUGCCGCUCCCCCCGGACGAUGCGAGCCCAGAAGACAAAGAGAAGGAGAAGGAGGGCGCGGGGGCGUUGGACGUCGAGUUUGACAACGAAUGGGAGGCGACCAGCGAUUGGAACGAGGACGACAUUGAGGCGGUUGCGGAGGAGAACGAUCUCUGUUUUCCGAGGAUAUCGAGAGGGGGAGGUGGAUGGUAUGAGGGUCACGGAGAGGAGAUGGACAUAUCGUGA